AUGCUGAACUGCUGGAUGCCAAUCUGGGCAUCCCAGAGAGAGAGAGAGUCGAAGUUCCGAAAAGCAGCCAGCUUCGUAAUACUGUAUUCAUCGAUUGACCAGAGCAGCAGGCAUUCGGUCUCCACAGGUGCUCGCAAUCUUGGUAUUGCGUCUGGCCAAGUGCUUGUCACGGACAUCAGCUGGUUUGGGUCUCGGUGUUGGUCGAGUGGCUCAUCGGGGAAUGUCCAGGUCGGUCCAGCGAGGCGCGGAGAUUGGUAUCAUUGA